AUGGAGGAGGACACACAAUGGCAAGGCAUCGAAAACGGCAUUGAUGAUCCGGAAGAGCUCCAGGUCAUCUACCGCACUCUAGACUCUUAUCAACAAUACGCCAAGAUUGCCCAUUUCCAAUGUACACAUGUACGCCGGCAGGCUUUCUAUGCCCUGCCCCAGGCUCACUGGCAGAGGCUUGCGGCGCCCCCGUUCAACUACCUGGACACGUUGAACAGGAUAGACGACGCGAUCGAGUCUAACGCCGACCUGGCCCGCACCAUCGUCAAGACGGGCCUCGAGAUGUUCGGCAUUGGCGUUCCGUCCGAGGGCGGCGAGCGGCAGUUGCCGCCGCAAUGGAGUGGCUCGGCCAAGCCUAACGACAUCGACAAGGCGCGCAGCACCAUCCGCCAGUUCUACCGCGACUGGUCCGCUGCGGGGGCGCGGGAGCGGGAGGCCUGCUUCGGCCCCGUCAUGCGCGCCAUCGCUGCCGAGCAGCAGGCAAGGGGGCCGGAUCAUGCACCGCUCAAGGUUCUCGUCCCCGGAGCGGGCCUCGGCCGGCUCGUCUUUGAGCUUUGCAUGAGCGGCUACGAGACCGAGGGCAACGAAAUAUCGUACCAUCAGCUGCUAGCAUCCUCAUACGUCCUGAACGUCUGCCCACGUGCCGAGCAGCACACCAUCUACCCCUGGAUCCACACCUUCUCGAACCACCUUUCUCGCGCCAACCACCUCCGCAGCUAUGCCGUCCCAGAUGUCCACUGUGCGACCGAGCUCACACGCGCGGAGCAGACGAGACCGGUCGGCACAAUGAGCAUGAGCGCUGCCGACUUUCUAUGUCUGUACUCGCAGGAAGACAGGGCGGCGGUGUAUGACGUGGUGGCCACCGUGUUCUUCCUGGACACCGCACCCAACCUCAUCCGCUAUCUCGAGACCAUCUUCCAUUGUCUGAAGCCUGGCGGUAUCCUGGUGAACAGCGGGCCUCUGCUGUGGCACUUUGAGGGCCGCGUAUGGGACAGGGAUGAGCACGAGGAGGGCGACGGCGAUGCCAGCCACGACACUUCGGGCAUAGCAGACCCGGGUAAUUUUGAGCUAACGGACGACGAGGUGAUGGCGCUGGUAGCCGAUGCCGGGUUCGAGAUCGUGUCGUGGAAGACGGGCGUCGAGGCGCCGUAUAUUCUCGACACGGAGUCGAUGCUGCAGACGACGUACAAGGCGAGCACAUGGGUAGCUCGCAAGCCGGCGACAAGUGCUGCUGACGUUCGGGCAGCCUGA